AUGGCAUUGUCAAACAGUAGUGAUAUCACGGAUCCUAUUUUCCUUUUGAAAGGUUUCCCAGGACUUGAAUCAGUGCAUAUAUGGCUGUCUCUCCCCUUUUGCCUUGCUUACCUUGUGGCUUUUGGAGGGAAUGUCACUAUCCUAGCUGUUAUCUGGACAGAGCCCUCUCUCCAUCAGCCCAUGUAUUACUUCUUGUCCAUCCUGGCUUUGACUGAUCUGGGCAUGUCACUGUCUACACUGCCCACCAUACUUGGAGUUUUAUGGCAAAACACGCAAGAGAUUCAAGCAAGUGCCUGCUAUGCCCAGCUCUUCUUUAUCCAUACCUUCACCUUCUUGGAAUCCUCAGUGCUGCUGGCCAUGGCCUUUGACCGCUUUGUUGCCAUUUGCUUCCCACUACAGUACUCCACUAUCCUCACCAAUCGUGUCAUUGGCAAUAUUGCACUGGCCUGCUUACUGAGGAGUAUGGGGGUUGUCUUACCCACACCCCUGCUUCUUCAACGGUAUCACUACUGUCGUGCCAACACUCUCUCCCAUGCCUUCUGUCUCCACCAGGAUGUAUUGAAGUUGUCAUGUUCAGAUGCUAGGGUCAAUAGCAUCUAUGGAUUGUGUGUGGUUAUUGUCACCUUAGGCAUAGACUCGGUCUUCAUUUUACUCUCCUAUCUGCUGAUUCUUUAUGCUGUUCUGAGCAUUGCAUCCCAUGAGGAGAGGCUCAAGGCACUAAACACAUGUGUCUCACAUAUCUGUGUGGUACUUAUUUUCUUUGUGCCUGUAAUUGGUGUUUCUAUGGUACACCGCUUUGGGAGGCACUUGUCUCCCACCAUUCACAUUGUCAUGGCUGAUAUCUACUUACUUCUUCCACCUGUACUGAAUCCAGUUGUCUACAGUGUCAGGACCAAGCAGAUCCGUGCAGGAAUCAUUCGCAAAUUCAGGACAAGGAAAUUAUUUUAG